CCCGCCAUGUCUUCGCUCCCGCCUGUCUACAUUGUAUCAACCGCCCGGACUCCCGUGGGUUCCUUUUUGGGUGCUCUCGCCAGCCAAACCGCGCCGCAACUCGGCUCCCAUGCCAUUAAAGCCGCACUGAACAAGGCCGAGGGGCUCAAGUCCUCGGACGUUCAGGAGGUAUUCUUUGGUAAUGUUAUUUCGGCCAAUGUCGGACAGAACCCUGCUCGGCAGUGCGCCCUCGGUGCCGGGCUCGAGGAUUCGACUGUUUGCACCACGGUCAACAAGGUUUGCGCCUCUGGGUUGAAAGCGAUCAUCCUCGGUGCGCAGACUAUUAUGACUGGUAACGCCGACGUCGUUGUGGCCGGUGGUGCCGAGUCCAUGUCGAACGCCCCUCAUUACCUUCCCAGCCUUCGCAGCGGUGCCAAGUAUGGCAACCAGACGGUCGUGGAUGGUAUCAUGAAAGAUGGCUUGACGGAUGCGGGCAAGCAGGAGCUCAUGGGCCUGCAGGCCGAAGAGUGUGCUCAGGACCAUGGCUUCACCAGAGAAGAUCAAGAUAACUACGCGAUCCGCACGUACGAGAAGGCCCAGGCUGCGCAAAAGGCCGGAGUUUUCGAUGACGAGAUCGCGCCCGUCGAGCUUCCUGGUUUCAGGGGCAAGCCGGGAGUCACUGUGUCUCAGGAUGAGGAACCUAAGAACUUGAACCCUGAUAAGCUUCGCGGUAUCAAGCCUGCCUUCAUCCCUGGAACUGGCACCGUGACUGCCCCCAACUCUUCGCCUCUCAAUGACGGCGCUGCUGCUGUCGUUCUGGUCUCGGAGGCGAAGCUCAAGGAGCUCGGAUUAAAACCCAUUGCUAAGAUCCUUGGCUGGGGAGACGCUGCGCAACAACCCAGCAAAUUCACCACCGCCCCCGCAUUGGCCAUCCCUAAGGCCCUCAAGCACGCUGGCCUGUCUCAGGGUGACGUCGAUGCCUUCGAAAUCAACGAGGCCUUCAGUGUCGUUGCACUCGCCAACAUGAAGGUCCUUGGAAUCUCCGAAGACAAGGUUAACGUCCAUGGCGGCGCGGUCGCUAUUGGCCACCCUAUCGGUGCCAGUGGUGCUCGAAUUGUGGCCACCUUGCUUGGUGUGUUGAAGGCCAAGAAUGGAAAGAUCGGUUGUGUUGGCAUUUGCAACGGUGGUGGUGGUGCCAGUGCUAUGGUUGUCCAGUCUCUUGCUUAAAGAGAACACAAUCAGGCCCCGAUUUUCAUCCCUUUCCUCGAUCCUCUAUUCUGCUAGGGGUGGGGCAAAGAUGGAAUGCAACGUUACAUAUUCCCGCUUGAUAUCAUAACAUACAACACGAUGAUAACCCCUCAUUCAGCCCGAGCUGGUUGAGAAGCGUUCCUAUUACAUAGUAUAGCGAAUAUCUGUCUAUAUUGCUCACUGGCAGGGAGAGUAAAGGAACUCCAAUUAUAGCCUAAUGAAUGAUCUCUAUCGAC